AAUUACUUGAAAGCGUUUAUAUUUUCUUCCUAAACUGGUGAUUAACUCGUAAUAACAUAUUAAAAGAUUUAAUUUACAGCACCGCCAAUAUGUCUGUCGGAAACCCGAAACAAACAAUAAUGAAUCCAACGGUUCCUUAUGCUGGGACCAUCCUGGGAGGACUUCAUCCCGGAGAGAUGGUGCUCAUCCAGGGCAGUGUUCCCACUGAUUCAGACAGAUUUCAGGUUGACCUGACCUGCGGGAGCAGCAUGAAGCCUCGGGCAGACGUGGCCUUUCACUUCAAUCCUCGCUUCAAGCGCUCUCCCUACAUCACCUGUAACACACUGCAGAAGGAGCGCUGGGGCAAAGAGGAGACACACUACCUGAUGCCCUUCAGACACGGAGCUGCCUUCGAGAUCAUCUUACUCGUGCAGAAAGAUGUGUUCAAGGUGGCGGUGAAUGGUUCUCACCUGCUGGAGUACAGGCACAGGAUCGAGCUCAAGAAGGUGGACACACUGGCCAUAUCAGGGAAGGUUCAGAUUCAAGCCAUUGGGUUCAUUCCCAGUUCAGUGAGCAAGUGCUCCAUAACGCCUUCGAAUGCAGUUGCAAGCAAAAGAUCACAGCCUUAUUCAGUCAUGUCGGAGUCAGGUGACAUGAGUCUUCCAUUUAAGAGCAAACUUGCAAAAGGAUUGAUUCCAGGAGAUUCCAUUAUGGUGAAGGGGCAGAUCUCUGGUUCCCCAGAGAGUUUCGCUGUAAACCUGCGCAUCAGUAACUCGGAGGAUAUUGCUUUUCACUUAAACACUCGUUUCAAAACAGCUUCCAUCGUUAGAAACUCUUUCCUGUCUGGUUGUUGGGGGGAUCAGGAGACCUCCGUCCACAGCUUUCCAUUUUCACCCGGGCAAUACUUUGAGAUGAUCUUCCUGUGUGAGGCUCAGGAGUAUAAAGUGGCAGUAAACGGGUUCCAUCAGCUGAAUUACAAGCACCGUGCGCAGGAUCUAAGUUGUGUGGAUGUGAUAGAGAUUGUGGGAGAUCUAGAGCUUAAGGAUGUGAAGAUUUGGUGAGCAGCUCCAGCUUGAUGACCAUUCCCAACGCGUUUCCUCCAACCAAGUAUAUUUAAUCAACCCGAGACUCCUGCAGCUGCAAGCAAAUCGGAACUAUUUUUACUUACUCAAGUUCUCAUUU